AGGAGGUGAGGGCGGUUGAGCAGCGAGAGGGAGAGGGCAAGAAGCAUCCCUGGCCGCCCAGAGCUCCGACGGCUGUCCUCCUCCUCCCCCGGCAGCAGCGAUGUCCGUGGCGGGCUUGAAGAAGCAGUUCCACAAAGCCACGCAGAAAGUGAGUGAAAAAGUUGGUGGAGCAGAAGGAACUAAACUAGAUCAUGACUUCAAAGAAAUGGAAAGGAAAGUGGAUGUCACCAGUAGGGCCGUGGUGGAAAUAAUGGCCAAGACAAUCGAAUAUCUUCAACCCAAUCCAGCUUCCAGAGCUAAACUCAGCAUGCUCAACACCAUGUCUAAAAUUAGAGGCCAGGAAAAAGGACCAGGUUAUCCUCAAGCUGAAGCCCUGCUUGCAGAUGCAAUGCUAAAAUUUGGGAGAGAACUUGGAGAAGAGUGCAAUUUUGGCCCAGCUUUAGGUGAUGUUGGAGAAGCAAUGCGGGAGCUGUCUGAGGUGAAGGAUGCUUUGGAUAUUAAUGUGAAGCAGAAUUUCAUUGAUCCACUGCAAAAUCUCCAUGACAAAGAUCUCAGGGAAAUACAGCAUCAUCUUAAAAAAAUGGAGGGCAGACGCCUGGACUUCGAUUACAAGAAGAAAAGACAAGGCAAGAUCCCAGAUGAGGAACUCCGCCAAGCCCUAGAGAAGUUUGACGAGUCAAAAGAGAUUGCUGAAUCAAGCAUGUUUAAUCUGCUAGAGAUGGAUAUUGAACAAGUAAGCCAACUUACUGCACUAGUACAAGCCCAGCUGGAAUACCACAAGCAAGCCAAAGAGAUUCUCCAACAAGUUAGUCUGAAGCUGGAAGAAAGAAUAAAAGAAACAUCAGUUCAACCCAGAAGAGAAUAUCAGCCAAAGCCUCGAAUGAGCUUGGACUUUAGUGAGAAUAGUCAGCACAAUGGAGGGAUCUCUAAUGCUACCACUCCUAGGCCCUCAGGCGUUGCUAUGGAUCAGCCAUGUUGUCGAGCUCUGUAUGACUUUGACCCUGAAAACGAAGGGGAGCUUGGUUUUAAAGAAGGCGAUGUCAUCACCCUCACUAACCAGAUUGAUGAAAACUGGUAUGAAGGCAUGCUUCAUGGGCAGUCAGGCUUCUUCCCCAUCAAUUACGUGGAAAUUCUUGUUCCUUUGCCUCAUUAGGACGGCCAGUUCACCAUAUCUAAAUUACUGUUUCUCCUAAAAAAGUCAUGUGUUGGUACCACUGCUUUUGAAAAAUUAAGAAAUGAAUAAAUGAAAUGGCUGCUUAUUCCACCUCACAAGUACAAGCUGCAGUGGUUAAAAUAGUCAUCGGCCCCACAGAUAAUAUUUGAUUUUUUUGUCACCCUGCCGCAUAGUGGUGAUGUGUGAUAUUUUCUUGAGGCGUUGCAGCCGGACACAUGGGAUGUCCAGGUUACUCCGUUGGUUGCUACAGAGAUGUCUGCGCAGUAAUGGGAUGGAAGAGUGUGGCAAUUAGUGAUGCAACUCAGUCUUAAUAUUGUGGAGAGAAA